ACUUGUAAAGGGAGGGACCAUCACCAGCACCAAGUCUACCACCGCCGGACCCGCGCCCCUGAAGCCCACCCCCACCAAGAUCGCGCCUCCGACCGGCGGGAGGGGCGCGCAGGGGAGGGGACGUUGUGCAAUAAAUCGGGCGGGGAGAGGGAGGCAGGGGAGGGAGUCCUGGCUCUGAGGGGGGCAGGAUUGGGUCUGGAGGAUGGUCUGGCUUGAUUCAGACUCCUGCACCCGACAACGCCACGGAGUGAGGGGAGAGGGAGAGAGAGAAGGUGGCAGUGUGUGUGCGCGCGUGUACGUGUGUGUGUGCGUGUCUACAGGUAGCAGUGGCGGCGGCGGCGGCGGCGGGGACCGGAGCAGGGGACGCAUCUGCAGCCACCUCCCCGCCUAUGAUUUUCGGAGGCGAUUGCUCACUUAGCUGAGGAUCUGUAGCCCCGGGAGAUCUUCUCAUCCUCUCCAUUUCCAAGCUUCAUAGGUGUCUUCCAGUUUCAAGUGUGUGUUUUGGGUAUUUUAUUUUUAAUUUUUUUCCUUCUCCCUCUAAAUCUUCUCGGAAAUUCUGCAUAUUGAAGCAGGUGGCUCCUGGUACGAAAUCUCUGGAUACAUUUGGCUUGCCAAGUUUUGCUCUUCGCUGUCCCCUCCCGCUUACAGAAGCAUCUGUGGUGCUUUUCUUUUUGGAUUUACAUGCAGGAAACGUAUAUAUGUUUAUAUACCGACCGCAUAAUAUAUAAAUACAUAUACGCGUGCCCAAGCGCCUGGUUUUCGUCUCUCCUCCCCACGAAGCGGAAUGUUUUGGAGCCGAUGGAUAACAAGAACACUAUUAACAUUCUUUUGAGCCUGUUUUUUAAAAGGGGAGGGAGCGUGAAGAAUUAACAUUCGGCCUUCGUUUGGCUGCACACUAAGCACCACGAAGUAUUUAUGGUUGCAGAUCAGGUGCAAACGGGGCUUAGAGAGAAAGCACUGCUUCCAGUGGAGGUUUAUGCUCAUGAAUUUCUGCUCAGGAUAUAGACCUGCAGCUAACUGGAUUUGAUUUAUAAGAGAGAAAUCUGCAGUCAAUGCCCACUUUUGCCACACUGCUAAUAUGGAAAACAGAAUGUUCAAUAGGAUAUGGUCUGAUAAAUAGUGAUGAUUGAAGAUGCUGCUCCAAUACAUGUGAAAUCAAUGGGAGAUACCUGCUGUCUGAAGAUCUUUCAGAGCUUUUCUCGACAAGCUCCCCUGUAACAAAUCGGAGGUAUAUUCUACCAUUAUACAGUCUUUCUCAAGUGGAUAUAAAUACGUUUGCCUCACUGUAACCAGGCAACUAGACAACUAAUGUGGGACCAUGGCACUGCCCAGAUGCACGUGGCCAAAUUAUGUUUGGAGAGCAGUGAUGGCAUGCUUGGUACGCCGGGGAUUGGGUGCCCCAUUGACUCUCUGUAUGUUGGGAUGUUUGCUUCAGGCUGGCCAUGUGCUGUCACAAAAAUUGGAUGAUGUGGACCCACUGGUGACUACCAACUUUGGAAAGAUAAGAGGGUUUAAGAAGGAACUCAAUAAUGAAAUUUUGGGGCCUGUUAUUCAAUUUCUUGGGGUUCCAUAUGCAGCCCCACCAACAGGGGAACGUCGUUUUCAGCCUCCAGAACCACCAUCUCCCUGGUCAGAUAUCAGAAAUGCCACUCAAUUUGCUCCUGUGUGUCCCCAGAAUAUCAUUGAUGGCAGAUUGCCAGAAGUCAUGCUUCCUGUGUGGUUUACUAAUAACUUGGAUGUGGUUUCAUCAUAUGUGCAAGACCAGAGUGAAGACUGCCUAUAUUUAAAUAUAUAUGUCCCAACCGAGGAUGUAAAAAGAAUAUCCAAGGAAUGUGCCAGAAAGCCCGGCAAGAAAAUAUGUAGAAAAGGAGAUAUUCGGGACAGUGGGGGUCCCAAACCAGUGAUGGUGUAUAUCCAUGGUGGCUCAUAUAUGGAAGGUACUGGAAAUUUAUAUGAUGGAAGUGUCUUGGCAAGUUAUGGCAAUGUGAUCGUCAUCACAGUCAACUAUCGACUUGGGGUACUUGGUUUCUUGAGUACAGGCGAUCAGGCUGCAAAGGGGAACUACGGACUCCUUGAUCUCAUACAAGCUUUAAGAUGGACUAGUGAAAACAUUGGAUUCUUUGGUGGUGACCCCUUAAGAAUCACUGUUUUUGGAUCUGGUGCUGGGGGUUCAUGUGUCAAUCUGCUGACUUUAUCCCAUUAUUCUGAAGGUAACCGUUGGAGCAAUUCAACCAAAGGACUUUUUCAACGAGCAAUAGCUCAAAGUGGAACAGCCCUUUCCAGCUGGGCUGUUAGCUUUCAACCUGCAAAAUAUGCUAGAAUGUUGGCCACGAAAGUUGGUUGCAAUGUUUCAGAUACAGUAGAGUUAGUGGAAUGCCUACAGAAGAAGCCUUACAAAGAACUUGUUGACCAAGAUAUUCAACCAGCUCGAUACCACAUAGCCUUUGGACCUGUGAUUGAUGGUGAUGUAAUACCAGAUGACCCUCAGAUAUUGAUGGAGCAAGGAGAGUUUCUCAACUAUGAUAUAAUGUUAGGAGUGAACCAAGGGGAAGGGUUAAAAUUUGUUGAAAAUAUAGUAGAUAGCGAUGAUGGUAUAUCAGCUAGUGAUUUUGACUUUGCUGUUUCAAAUUUUGUUGAUAAUUUAUAUGGAUAUCCUGAAGGCAAAGAUGUUUUGAGAGAAACCAUUAAGUUCAUGUAUACUGACUGGGCUGACCGUCAUAACCCUGAAACCAGAAGAAAGACAUUAUUGGCUUUGUUUACGGACCAUCAGUGGGUGGCACCAGCUGUAGCCACAGCGGAUCUUCACUCAAACUUUGGUUCACCUACGUACUUCUAUGCCUUUUACCAUCAUUGCCAAACAGAUCAGGUUCCAGCUUGGGCUGAUGCAGCCCACGGAGAUGAGGUUCCCUAUGUACUGGGAAUCCCCAUGAUUGGCCCUACAGAGUUAUUUCCUUGCAAUUUCUCCAAAAAUGAUGUGAUGCUGAGUGCAGUUGUAAUGACAUACUGGACAAAUUUUGCUAAAACUGGUGACCCAAAUCAACCAGUCCCUCAAGACACAAAAUUCAUUCAUACCAAACCCAACCGUUUUGAAGAAGUAGCAUGGACCAGAUAUUCCCAGAAAGACCAACUUUAUCUCCAUAUUGGAUUAAAACCAAGAGUUAAAGAACAUUACAGAGCCAAUAAGGUGAACCUCUGGUUGGAGUUGGUACCUCAUCUGCAUAAUCUCAAUGACAUUUCUCAGUAUACCUCUACAACAACUAAAGUGCCAUCAACUGACAUCACUUUCAGACCUACGAGAAAAAAUUCCGUACCUGUCACGUCAGCCUUUCCCACUGCCAAGCAGGAUGAUCCCAAACAACAACCAAGUCCAUUUUCGGUGGAUCAAAGGGACUACUCAACAGAGCUGAGUGUCACUAUUGCAGUUGGAGCAUCACUGCUGUUUCUGAACAUCUUGGCCUUUGCAGCCCUGUACUACAAAAAGGAUAAGAGGAGACAUGAUGUUCACAGGAGAUGCAGCCCUCAGCGCACUACUACCAAUGAUCUAACCCAUGCACAAGAAGAGGAAAUCAUGUCCCUCCAAAUGAAGCACACUGAUUUGGAUCAUGAAUGUGAGUCCAUCCAUCCACAUGAGGUGGUUCUUCGGACCGCCUGUCCCCCAGAUUACACACUAGCUAUGAGGAGGUCACCUGAUGAUGUUCCCUUAAUGACACCCAACACCAUUACAAUGAUUCCCAACACUAUACCAGGGAUUCAGCCCUUACACACAUUCAAUACAUUUACUGGAGGACAGAACAAUACUCUGCCCCAUCCCCAUCCCCACCCCCAUUCACAUUCAACAACCAGGGUAUAGCCAGAUAAGAGAAACAAACUAUUUUUUUUUUGAUGGAUUGCAGUAAAUGAUUACUGAAGAUUCCUUGGCUUUCAACCUACAAGACUUACUAUUUAAAUAAGGAGGAAUAUUAUGUGAAUAUACAUAUCAAGAACUUUGGGGGUUUUGAAAAAAAUGAAUUGUAUAUAUACAAAUCAACUUUAAAAACAAAUUUCAAUUGCUUGAAGCAAUUGUUCUGAAUGAUACUUUUUCAUUCACAUUCAAGAAUUAAUUUUUUGAAGAUUUAAGUUACAUAAUGGAAUUAGGCAUGUGGAACACCAAACAGGAAAGAACUAUGUCUGAAAUACAAAAAAUAAAAAUAAACAACUAUGAAUAUGCACAAGGGACACACCAAUGGAAUGUCAGAUAAUUUUCACCAGUUUUUAUUUGGAGCCGUUUUAUUGUGUAGACCAUAUUUACAUAUUUGGAUAAGUACACAAAGCGUCAAUGCUGUUAAUGGCCUUAGCAAAGGCUCAUGCUGAAAUUUGCCAGUAAAACAAAGAAGUUUAAAGACUGGCAGGUACAACAUUAUCACAUAAGUGCUGUCAGUAUAAAGUUGUGGGGAUAAAGGAAACUGGAUAUUUUUAGCACGAUGUGCAUGAUAAUUUAUAUGCUUGGUGGCUGUGCUGCUGAUUAAGCCGUAAUUAAAAUUCUCCUCAUCCCAUUGGAGUUUUUAAUAGAAGCUUCCUCCAUCAAUUGGCAGAACCUACAGAAGAUUUUAAGGGGCAAAAGUAAUUACAAUAAAAUAAUUCACAGUAGUUUCAAUAUAGAAGGAAUUAGCUAUUAAAGGUAUUUGAAGAAACUAUAGGUAUAGUAGUGAAUACUCGCUGAUAUGAAUCCCAGAAAAAAAUUUCCUGUUUUUAAUGUUCUUUUCAUUCCCAUCUAGAUAAUUUAUAGAAAUAUAACCCUCAUUGGACAUAUGGUACAGGAUCUAUAAGUUGCUGUGUUUUUUUGUUACUCUGUAUUUUGUUCCUUUUGGUAAGGUGAAGUGUGUCCAAAGAGUUACUUGCAACAGUCUUUCAUGAUAUGAGGAUGCCCCAGUAUUACCACUCUGAUUAUAGUUCUGAGUUCAUUGAUUUACUCAUGCUGCAUGACAAAAUGUUUACUAAUAACAAUUCAUUAUCAAGUUAUGUCCCUCUUUACAUCACUUAUCUUUCUCACUGAGUUUCAUUCACUGGAAUUUACUCACGCAAUCUCAGUAGAGUACAACGUAGAUACAGAACCUAGGAGAGUCAACACCUGGAGGAUUUUAGUCUUACACAUGUGUGAUUUUUAAGCGAAUAUUCUCAGACCACAGGAAACUCUUCAUCCCCCUGUUGUUUACCAGUAACAGUAUAUCACAGACCUUUCCAAAUGUUUGUAUAUGUAAUCAGAUGUACAUUUAUAUUGAAAAAAAAUGAGAUGGACUUAAAGAGCACAUCCUGAUAAAUACUCUCUCUUACCUGUACUAUAUUUCUAUUAGACUAAAGUUAUGUGAUUUUUUUUUUACAUUUUUUCAGAUGACUAGCAAUUUUGAUAGUUUAUAAGAUAAUGCAAAGAACUUUCUCUGACAAACUAACUGCAGUAACAGAAACCUUUCUUUUCAGUUACUCUUUUUCAAGAAUGAAAGAUUAUUAUACAAAAAAAUUGUAUACUACUUGAUGGAACCAACUUUGUACAUCUUGGCCAUGUCACUGGUCAUUGUGUGAAAUAAAGAUAAUCUGGAUAAUGACUAUUAGUCCAAUGCUAAGAAACAUGAUCUUUGCUCAUUAAAGAGCUAAAAUGUUUAUUGCUGUUUUGUCUUUCUUUUUUCUAAAAAAAAAAAAAAGAAAAAAAGGAAAAGAAAAACAAAGAAACAUGACUGUCUCAAAGAGUAAUUUUUCUAGAUUAGACCAGUCAGGUUUUUGAAGACAUAUGGGUAACUUCCACAGAAAACACAAAUAUGUAUUUAAAGACAAGUCUCAUCUAAGAUGAAACUCAUAAAACUUUAAUGUUAUGAAUUUAAAAGCUCCAGAAAUUCAUGAAAAAAAAGUAAGAUUAGCUUUGUGUUGUUAAAUAUCUCUUAGGUACAGAUGUUAUAGAAAUGAAGUACCAAUUGUUUUCGGUUAGAAAAACAAGUUCCAAUUCUGGUCAUCAAGGAAAAGGUCUAUUGAAAAGAAAUUUGCAAUAUUUCAUGGAAUACAAAUAACUAGGUUCAUAAAAUGGGGGUGAUUAAACUACCAUAAAGUAAUGAAUAGAAAGUUGCCAUGCCAAGAGAAUGUAAAAGUGCUGAGCAAGAUAUUAAACUGACACUAAAAGAUAGAUGAUGAAAAUCUAUUUCAAGGAAUUUAAAAGAUAGAUGAAAAUCUAUUUCAAGGAAUUUAUGUGAUUAUAAUCCCCCCCUCCCAAUUAUUAUCUAUCAAUCAAUGAACUGUAGGUAUUCCUCCAUAAUUAAAAAAAAGUCUCUGUUUGUUAGAAGCAAAAGUCUUCAAAAUCCAGAGUGAUCUACAUAUAGCUUUUGACUGAGGUGGUUAUGCUUUUAAACUGUGAACUGCCAGUGUACACAAAUACAAAGAAUUGUUUAGCAUCUGAAGUAUUGUUCAGUUGGAACACUGUAUUUUACUGUAUUAAUUAAAACACAAGAACAGAAUAGGAAUGACAACAAAAUAAGAUACGAAUUAAUACUUUCAUAUGCAUUGCUUCAUUUGGCAAAACCAUUCUAUUAAAUAUUAUGUUUUAACGAUGGCCAUAUUUAUAUCUACCUACCAAUCUAUUGCUCUGCAUUUAUCAAUCUACCUAUAUAUAGCAUUACUGUAACCCUCUUUAUAUUAAUUUAGGAAAAUGAUUGAGGAAAACAAAGCAUAGCCCUAUUAUUUUCUCUAAAUUAGGGUAGAAUAACUUUAUGGAAGAUAAAGCGGCCUAGGUUUAAUUGCUGUUCACCAGUCACAUGAUAAAGUCAUUGUGAAUGAGUGUUAGUUGCUAGUUUUAUAAUUGCAGUCUCUAGUUUUCUGAAUGAAAAAGGAUGUCCCACAUUAUACAGAACAUCAAUAACUGUUUUUAAAGCUGAAACAUAAUUUUCAUACGCAAGAAAAAUAAAUACUGUUACUCAAUUUUAGCAAAUACGUUUAAAAUGUAUUUAUUUAGAUGAUAAUUUUCUUUCUUUGAAAAACAAUGUUAAGUAAAAAAAUUAAAAUAAUAUUUUUGGCAUUAUUUGUUAAUUCAGAUUUUCCUGCCUCCGAUUAAAAAUUAGGCAAAGCUGCUUAUAAUUUAUACAAACAUUACACUAAAAUGAACUUUAUUUCAUUGUUUUGCUGUUAUAUAAAAUUUUUGCCAAAUGUUUACCAACAGAUUAAUGUUUUAGAGUAUGGGGAUAGAAAAAUAAAAGUGACAGAUUUUAUAGUUUUAAAUCUCUACUGAACAUGUUGACUAUGAACAAAAUCUAAUUGGUUACCACAGACAUAUAACAAAGUUUAUUACUAACUUUAUGCAAAUUAGAAAAUAAUUUGCUAAAGCAUUAAAAAUGUCCAAUUUGUAGACAUCUUGCAACUCAAAGCAGAAAAUCUGAGUAUAUAUUAUUUUAUUCCUCAUUUCAAAUAUAAAAUUUGACCAAAAUGAUGCUUUAUUUCAGACCUCCUGAUGUGUACAUGAAAACAGCAACAACAUUUUUAAAAUAAUUAUCAAGUAUAUAUAAUGCUAAAGAGGAAAUCAGAUGGCACUAAUUUUCUUACAGAAGUGAAGUGCUGAAACUAAAUUGUUAGAUCUAUAGCAACAGUUACUUCACCUCUUGGCACACUCAUCCUGACACAGGUAUUAAUAUCAAAAAAUGAUACAAAGAAUAUGAGAAAUGUGUUCCAGCUUUAAAGACACUACUACAUAGAAAUUACUGGGAUUCUUUUCUUUGGCGAGUUUCACUGAAAUAGUUUCACAGGAUGAAAUGAUGAAUUCUUAAGGAGCUGUCAAAUAUGGCAGUCUUUUGAUGUUAGUAAUUUUGUUUUCUUCUGUGUUAUUGGUUCAAAGUACUGGCCUUUUCCUUCAUUUCCAGUAAUUAGUUGUUAUAGAUUAUCACUUUUUAAUGCGAGUGGAAAUCAGAUAAUUUGGUUAUACUUGUGAAAACACGCUUCCAAAUAAACUCAAUUAAUGGGCACUUCCCUGCUGAGAUUUUGUUAUCAUUCAUUUAAUUAUCUUGUCAAGCUUUACUGUUACGACAAAUGUUUUAGCUUUCUGGUCAAUAAACUAAGGGAAUUUCUCCAGUAGCCUUAUACCUCUCCUGCACUUGAUCUAAUAGCAACAUAAACUUCAAAUUUCCAUCAGAAAUCUCUAAAGAAAUUUCCUACUGAUGUGAAACAUUUGGUGGCCAACUUGAUUCUUUUUCAUAAGCAUUCUGAUUUGAUUUUAUUCUGGCACUUUGCUGUAUUUGAAUGCAGGCCAGAAAUCAAUUCCAUCGGAUAAGGGUUGUGGAGAACACAUACUGGAAUAACCAUGUGCAGGGCUUAAGUGCCUUUUCCUCCUGAGAUUUUAUUUAUAAAACUUAGCUUUUUUAAUUUUCAGAUUCAGAUAAUUCAAUUUAAAGAGUACAAUAGGAUGACUAUAUUAUAAAUUACCAAUAAGAAAAAUUUAUUUGGACAUUUUUACAUUUAAUUUGAUUUUUUAAAUAAUAUCAGAUGGAUCUAAAUGGCUUCUGGGAAAGAUUGAGGUAAAUUUUUGAAAGUGACAAUUAUAUAGGCAUCUGGCUUGAUGGUACUUAAGAAUAAAAUUUUAAAUCUCUAGCAAACUUUAAAAAUUGUCCAAAUAGUUUAAUUUAAAAGAAGUCUCAAGCUAUUAGAGAAAAUCAUAUACUAGAUAGGUGUAUAUUUUUUUCUAGUCAGCUAUUACAUACACCACAUAAUAUAUAUACCCUAUAUACUAUAUGGUUUAUAUAACAUUUAUGAUGGCCCUUUCAGACCUAUAUACUUACAAAUGACAUUGUAUAACUACCUACAUAUGUAUUAAUGUGACAGAAUUUUGUCCUCUAUGGAAAGUCAAACCAAAUUGCUAGCAGUUUUGAGUUGAAAUGAAUGAUAACAAUUAAAGCUUUUAAGAGAUUGGUAAAGGUACCAUAACAAGAACUCAGCAGAUAAAUUUAAAAGAGAGGGAUCAUUUUUGAAUGCCACUUUCAGAGUUGACAUCUAAACUAGAUGGUGUGUUUAAAAGGAUUUUAGUGGUUUUGAUUCAUCUUUCUCUGCAUUCAUAUCAUUUAGCAAAUUAAUGGGAUAUAUGUCAUGGUUUUUGUAAAAAAGACCAUUGGGUUGUCAUGAUUCAGUUUGUGUUUGGACAUCUAUGGCUUUCAUUAAAAACGUGUUUAUUAUCAUGAAUAAAUAUUACCAUGUUUUCCAA